AAUGUAUUUAGCACAGACAAUAGUCACAUUUCCUGUUUUGAGGCAAAUAUGUCAAGUGUUUGUUAUUGUUUUGUGAUGUCUGUGCUUUGAUUUGUGUAGAGUUACGUAUUUUAAAAAGGUCAGUCAAUUUCAGAUGAUCAAUGUUGGACGGUUGGUAUUGUCGUUCAGUGGUAACAAAUACAGAGGAAGAUGAAGAAAGUCAAGAGGAAACUAUAAAUUACAAAACACAGUACAGGAGUUUAAAACGGAAAUUGAAAUUCCUCAUUUAUGAAAAUGAGUGUUUUCAAGAAGCUCUGCGUUCUACACAGCGACGCCUGCUCAAGGCAAGUCGUGAUCGAAGCUUUCUCUUAGACCGACUGUUGCAAUAUGAGAAGAUUGAUGUGUCAUCAGGUGAGAGUGAGGAGACAGAAUCUUCCGAUGAGGGUGAGGCAAGCCGCCCAGACACUGCAAAAAGAAAGAAGCCUGACAGUGGAGUUAGCAGUCAUGUAACUGUACCGCAGUCUUCUGGGACACCGAAAAUGCAGUCAUCAGUUAAGAAAAAGCGGCCACCACCCAAAGCUCCAAAGCAGAACAUUGUAACACCUUUGCAGGUGUUCGGCAGCGUUCCGGUAUCUCUGCUGUCCGACGGACACAUGACUCCAGAGGAAGUAGAGAGACAUUUGGAGUCAAGACAGACUUAUUUAGAGCUUGUGCCUGAGAAGGCACCGCCAACAGUCCCAACAGAAAUGUUUAGCAAUGACCCAUCUUUAGACAGUGAAUCUAAUGAGAUUUGCGAGUUAGAAACAUCUCCAAGUAACAUGGGUGAAGACUGCUUGAGUGUGGAUAUGAUUCCAGAGUGAAGGUCCUUUUUCCUUGUGUCCAUCAGUUUAAUUAUGCUUAUUAACAAUCAAGAAAAGGAGAAUUAGAAUAAUACUGUGCAUUUUCAUAUAUUUAUGUAGUUAAUAAAUUAAGUGAUUCAGUUGUCUCUUAUCAGAGCUCUUAUGACAUGGCAUGCCUUUAAAGAAAAUAUGUAGCUCGUGUAAAGGUUUAAAAAGAUUUUCACCUUCAUCGACUUUCCUAAUUCCUUCACCUUUGACACUGGACGUGUUCUGCAAAGAGAACUGUAGAACAUCAUUCCACGUAUUUUAACAAAUAAAAGAUACUCUUCUGUA